GGAUGAAUGGGUUAGAAGAAAUAAUAUAAUUGAAUCUGGCUUGGGAAAAGAGGUGCACCUGGCAACUUUUUUUUUGGUGGUUGGUUUUUUUGUGUUUUGUUUUGGUGGUUUUGGGGUUUUUUUUGUUCUGUGGGUUUUUUGUUUUGUUUUGUUUUUUUAACUAGGGUAGCUUUUCUGUUCUCCUCUGCUAAACUUUCAGAUAUUCUGAGUGGUAAAAGGGAAGUGAGGAAGUGGUUAACUGCACACAACUAACUUCAGACAGACGAGAUCACCCGGAGAUGGAAUAUGUAAUAUUUCCUUUUAGGGUUUCAUUUAUUGUUAGGGAAUUAAUUGCUUUUCUAGUAAAACAAAUAUAGCAAGCAACAACAUCCCCCUAGCUAGUCAGUCUGUAGUAACAUCUUGGACCUGAAAUGAGGGGAAUCCAAGAAGUGGGGAAGAGGGUAAGGCAACGCUGGGACUCGUGUGCUUGCAGACUUUGACACUGUGCUCCCCAGCAGCUCUUGCGCGGGCAGCGAGCACGCACAGUGAACCUGAGGCGGUGCAGAGGAAGAACUCGGUUUCACAAGAAUCGUCAAAAUGCAGGCGGCAGCAAGUGGGGAAAAGGCAAGACUAGGGUUUUUCCCUCUUCAUUCCAUACUUACUGUGCAAGAAAGAACAGAUACAGAAAAAUGUGACAAUCUGAAUGUAGUGCUUUAGUGUGCACUAUUUAUCCCUUCCACAUAGGUGUCUUUAUUACGUUUAAUACACAGUGAUAUUGGCCAAAAUAUGCUUUUGUUUGUGUUCCUUCACAGAAGGAGGCGUUGUAAAGUGGCAACAAUUUAGCGUGCCACAACUUCCCUUCAGGGUUGCGAAGUUGCCACUUGUACUGCUAACAGAUAAUUCAUUAGUAAUGACAAAAAAAAAGAGUUUACUGUCAGAUAGGAAACUCAAGCGUGGGUCCCAUCCAGAUCUGUCAGGGGCUUAUUAGUCUGUGGGGUGAUUUUUGUUUUUUUUAAAGUUGGUGUGAAAUAGAAUAGGCUUAGAAGUAAGAGAAGGCAUUACGGAUACCAGGAAUGGGAUUCAAAUUUUCUCAGAUAAGUAAGAGAAGUACUCCUACACAAUCAAAAUGUCACAAAAAUAAGGACAAGGAGUUUUAGAAUUACAGUGAAAUAAAAAAUAAAUGCAAAUUAAUUACACGCUCCUCUUCCUUAAAAAGAAAAAAAAAAAGGCAAAUAAUCUGGCAUGCAUUAGCAGACAAAAUUAGCACCUCUAGAAUAAAGGGCGUGCAUACAGGCAUAUGUUUGUGUAUUUUAUUGCAGAUUUAUUUUUUUUUAAUUCAACUUGGUGAGGCCUCUGAGAACCUUGAGUACAGGAAGUCUGACAGAUGCAGACAAACAGGCAGAAGUGUGCAGAGAAGUGACAAGCCUGAUAAGCGCUGAGGAAAAUGAUCUAUGAAGGACUGAAUGAAUUAGGCUUGUUUAUCUAGAAGAGAGAAAAGUAGGGGCAAAGUGUUGAGCAUUUCAAAUGUAUGUUUUUACCAAAGUAUCAUUAGUGACACUAUUCUUCCAAAUGUCAAUGUUUUUUUUGUUUUGUCAUGUCAAUCAUGACUUUCUGUAUCGUAUAUGUUGGUUUAUAAAGAGAUUGAUGAAUAGUUGGUUCUCCAUGUCCAAGAAAGGACAAGAGAAAAUCUAGGUAACUUGUUAUGCAAAAAACUUAGGGAAUAUUCAGAACUUUCUUACUCUUCAGGUAAUAAAUUGCUAGAACAGGCUGGCAAAAACCCCGACCCCUGCAUAAUCUCCUUCACUGAAAGUUUUGAUGAAGUUGGAUAAACACCUGUGAGGGAUGGCUGAGGUUUACUUCACCUGGCCUCCGUGUAAGUGGUUUGACUAGGGAUUUACUGAAGUUUUUCUCCAGCUCUACAUUUCAACAGAAGAGAAAGGAAGAAAUCAAUCCAAAGGGUCCAUUACUUUUUAAUGCUUCUUCACUUAUACUUUUACGGGUAGUCUGCACCUUCCUGGAAUUCUCUCCUCGUUGGAGAUGAUCAUGUUGUUGGUACUGAUUAAGAGUAUUCAUCUUUAUAAUAGGAAAGACCAGUAAUCAUAAAGACAGAAUGGUAUGCAAAAAAUGAAGUGGUCUCUGUCCAGAGCCUGCAAAGGCAGAACAGACACAGGAUAAAGGGAAGACAUGAAAAAAUACAUUUUCCCAGUUUUUCUCUCCAUCUUUAUCUUUUAUCUUCCUUUGUUUUUGCAACAAUAAUGUCCAACACUUCUCAGCAGAUUUCCCCCUAUCUUUGAGAUUCUUUCCCACUAGUUCUUUUUAUCCAGGACUUAAGAUUGUUUGCAUGAAUUCUAGCUAAAAUGGCUAUGAUAUGGGGAAGAGGGGGUUUCCUAUGAACUUGACCAACCCUUGUCUAAAAUCUGCACAUAACCUAGCUUCAUAAAGCAGUUGAUCAGGAAUUGAAGAUGUAGGGCAAAUGUUUUCAAAGUAAUAAUCUUACAAAUACAGCAUAGCUUCAAAAUCCCUAUGAAUAUACACUAUCAUAAUCUUUAUUUUGUCUUGUACUGUGCUUAAGAAGGUCUGGAGAAGGAUGCCAAAUUGCUGCAAUUAUUAGUAUAUAUAAAAUUGGUUUUUAAAAGUGAUAAUGGUAAGAACUGUCAGGUUCCACACUUAAUCUUUAACAAGACUGAAAACAGACCAUAAAUUUUGAACUCUCAUGUUAAAACUGCACAUAGAGUUAAAAGUACCCACUUCUUUUGGCUCUACCAAAGCCAAAUUCAUCUCUCUCCCAGACAUUAGCAAAACUGGUAUGAACUUACAAAGUUGCAGUUACAUGGUUCUUAAAUUUUUGGAAAUGUUUUUCUUCUACUGCCCAUUCUUUGACAUAUUCAAACGAAUAACAAUACCCAGUACUUACCUUUUGCCAGAGUAGGCAAAGUAUCAUCACUAGUAAAUGUUUUCCUUUAUAAAUUGACAAUGGUCUUGCUAAUUGUGGAUACACCAUUGAAGUUUACAGUUGCCAAUCAUUAUUUUUUUGUUUAAGAAAGGACUUCAGUGAAUCUCGACACCUCUCUUUACACAACAGUCAACAUGUUGAGUGGUAACUUUGUUUCAAGGUGGUUGUUCUUUGUUUUGGGUUGGGUUUUUUUUGGAUUUUUUUUUAAUGCAGAGAGUCACUUGCUUACAUGAAGUGAAUGCUUAUUUUCUGCUGGAUGGUACUGGAUGCAAAUUGCAAACCUUUAUCUAAAAUAUAUUGCAUCUCCAGGGAUGUAAGACUGCUUGUAAUAAUUAGACUGGAACCAGCAAGCAGAGAAAAGUUUGUAAAUACACAGCAGCAAAAGAAUAAAAAUUAAAAUAAAUAUUAAUGUGGAAAGUAAAUAUGCACUAAGACUAAUUUUUCUUGAAAGAAUAGCAUGAAGUCAAUUUUAUAAUUGCAAAGAACAUAAAGAAAAAAAUUCACCACAAAUUCACCAUGCAGCAUUUACAUAGAUAAGUGAGAUGAACUCCUAAAGAAAAGCUGAAUGCACACUCUGCUUAAAUCAUAAAACAUUAAUACAAAAUUAUGAGUAUGUGCUAGCCCAAGUUAAACAGUUAUUUACAUGUGUGCUUAUGUUAUAUUCCCUUGGGUGGUCCAGCUUCCUUCUGUGAAACUAUUCAGGCUAACAGAGUUAAGCAUGUGUACUCACAGGAAGAGACGCAUAAAUAAAUCCUAUUAUGUAAUAUCUGAUAAAGUUGUUUUUACAUUAGUAUCAAGCUCAGAAACAAGGAACGCACAUUACGGGGUGAGAUCUGAAUUCAGUGUCCUGUCACAACAACUGACUAGUCCUAAGUACUUCAGAGAAAUUUAUAUGUACACCAUAAUGUGAGAUAUGGGAUAAUUUUUGCUCACAGUAGCCUUGUAUCUCAUUAAAUCCUUGACUCCAAACCCUUUCCAAGUUGGCAAAUUCCAUAAUCCAGAGUAGUUUAGGGUUGGUUCUUUUUUCAAAAAAAAAUCACUAAAAGAAACCAGAAACGUCCUUUUAGCAAUUCUAAAUUUGCCACUUUCUUAUCUCUAAUAGGAUGUCCUCUUUUUAGUUACCAGACUGAAUGUGUAGACAUUCCAAACUUACUGUAUUUGUUCCACUUGCCCUGACAGUUUGUCUUUCUUGAAUAUUUUUGUUCUUUUGAGUCAUUCUUCAUACAAGCAUUUCUUCUAUCAUCCAUUCUUUUCAUUUUUUCUCACUCUUUCUAAAUUUGCAACAUUCAUUCUGAAAUCCAAUUUUCCUUGCCUUGCAUCAUUUCAAAAUAAUCUGCAGUACUUGCAUAAUGACAUUAUCUUUCUUUAUGUUAUUUCUGGCUUGAUAAAUUUGUCUAGGCUGCAAAUUGAGCUGUCUAGUUAUUGUUCAGGUCCCUUUUCCGUGCAAAUAUCAGUGAACUAAUCUGUGUGUUAAUUAAAAGUUUUCUAUGAGGCAUAUUACUCACACUUGUCAACAUCGAACUUCAUUUGAAACAUCCACAUCUGCCUCUUGAAGCUUCUCAGACCUGCUUCAUUCUGACUGAGAAUUAGCGGACUCAGGUCAAGUUUCGGUAUAGGCUGAAGUGUACCUUUCAAGUUUAACCAAAAAAAACCUUCUAAACUGAAGUUCAGUAUAAGAGCGAUGUCAAAGUAACGGCUCGGGUUCUGACGGCGCCCGGCUCUGGUUUUCCUGCCGCCUCCUCGGCGCUGCCCGUGCCCCCUGCCUGAGGUACCGCCACUUCCUCUCACCGCCCCCAGAAAACUGGCUCCUCGGCCGUACCUUUCUCGGUCUUUAACCAUAACUUUCCACAACUACUUAGUUUGCGGGUUUUUUUUUUUUCCUGUCGUCUCAAACGUGAGGGGCCGCGCUAGAAGCCUUGGGAAGUUUGAAUCGUCGCUGUAAGCAUCUUAGAGGGGAAGGGCCAGAGCGGCCUUCCCCCCCGCCGCUUCCCUCACGGAGGGCCUGUCGCACAGACACACGCCGAUUUCCAGCCCUCUCCUGCCUCUCGGCACACAGGGGCAUCGCGGCUGCCGCCUCCUACCCCCGCAGAAGGUUCCGCUCCGUAGAGCCCGUUCCCGCACGCGGAGGGAGGCGGUUCCCCUCACCGCUCUCAGAACCACCACCCGCGCGCGCCGCCCCCGCGCAUGCGCCGGCUCCGGAGGCGAAGGCGCUCGCGCGCAUGCGUGCCGGGCGCAGAGGCGAUCAGGCGCGGGGGGGGGAGGCGCGCCCCCGGCCGGCGCCCGUCAGGACGGGCUGUGCGCACGCGCUGUGGGGCGGCGAGGCGCCGUGGGGUGCGCGGAGGAGCAGUCUCGCCGCGCCUGAGGCACCGGGCCGCGCUUCGCCGCGGGACCGACGCCGCUGUUCGCGAAGGGCCGUCCGUCGCGGCCCGAGGUAGGCUGUCUGUCCGCGCGCCUUCCGCCGCCAGGCCUCUCGGGCGGGCCUGCAGGCCGCUGCCGCCGCGGCCGAGGGGAAGCAGGGCCGCAAGGAACCGCCAGGAUGAAGCUGGUGAGGAAGGACCUGGAGAAGGACAAUGCCGGGCAGGUGACGCUGAUCCCCGAGGAGCCCGAGGACAUGUGGCACACCUACAACCUGCUGCAGGUGGGUGACAGCUUGCGGGCCUCCACCAUCCGGAAGGUGCAGACCGAGUCGGCCACGGGCAGCGUGGGCAGCAACCGCAUCCGCACCACCCUCACCCUCUGCGUGGAGACCAUCGACUUUGACUCACAGGCCUGCCAGCUGCGGGUCAAGGGCACUAACAUCCAAGAGAACGAGUAUGUCAAGAUGGGGGCCUACCACACCAUCGAGCUGGAGCCCAACCGGCAGUUCACGCUGGCAAAGAAGCAGUGGGACAGCGUGGUGCUGGAGCGCAUCGAGCAGGCCUGCGACCCAGCCUGGAGCGCCGAUGUCGCAGCCGUGGUCAUGCAGGAAGGGUUGGCUCAUGUCUGCCUGGUCACGCCGAGCAUGACGCUUACCCGUGCCAAGGUGGAGGUGAACAUCCCCCGCAAACGGAAAGGGAACUGCAGUCAGCACGACCGGGCCCUGGAGAGGUUUUAUGAGCAGGUGGUGCAAGCCAUCCAGCGGCAUAUCAACUUUGAGGUGGUGAAGUGUGUACUGGUGGCUAGCCCGGGCUUCGUACGGGAGCAGUUUUGUGACUACAUGUUCCAGCAGGCGAUCAAGACGGACAACAAGCUUCUGCUGGAGAACAGAUCCAAAUUCCUGCAGGUCCACUCUUCCUCCGGACAUAAAUACGCAUUGAAGGAAGCCCUCUGCGACCCAGCUGUAACUAGCCGUCUCUCUGACACUAAGGCAGCUGGUGAGGUCAAAGCCUUAGAUGACUUCUAUAAAAUGCUGCAGCAUGAGCCUGACCGUGCUUUUUAUGGUCUAAAACAUGUGGAGAAGGCCAAUGAAGCCAUGGCCAUCGAUACCUUGCUGAUCAGUGAUGAGCUUUUCCGACACCAGGAUGUGGCUACACGUGCCCGAUAUGUUAAAUUGGUAGAUAGUGUACGGGAGAACAUGGGCACAGUACGCAUUUUCUCCAGCCUUCAUGUGUCUGGAGAGCAGCUUGGCCAGCUGACAGGGGUGGCAGCCAUCCUGCGCUUUCCUGUUGCUGAGCUUUCUGACCAGGAAGAUGAAUCUAGCUCUGAAGAGGAUUGAUAACAGUGACUUCAUUUCACAGUUUCUUUUCCAAGUCAUGUUGAAAUGACAUUAAAGGUCCUCCCUUCCUAAAUACUGUGUGCAGAUGUGCCAUGACGUGUUUUUGGUAGUAUUUCUCACAGUAUGUAGCUCUGCUCAGCACACUAAUGGAUACCUGUUCUGUGGUAAUGAUUAUUGGUAUACUGUGCAUUGGAGCUAACUGGUUUUGCAGGUUAUACCGUGGACCUCCAGCAGUACAAGAAAUUAAUUUCACUUCUGAAGCUGCUCAUUCUGCAUUUAAAGCAGACUGGCAGCUUAUUGUUUUGGAAUGUGUAUGAAAAAAUAAUAAACUAAAAGGGAGAAAACUA